AUGCUCGACGACGUGACCGAGUUGAACUUCCACCCAAGUGAUGCCAAGAAACUAUUGUCUGGUUCCACCGAUGGUCUAGUGAACGUCUCCGACACAAGGACUGCGGAUGAAGACGAAGUUGUCAUCCAGGCCUUCAACCACGGCUCUGUUCACCAUGCAGGGUUCUUAAAUAACACAGAAGUCUAUGCUUUGUCACACGAUGAGAAAUUUGCCAUAUAUGACACGGCAGAGGAGGAAGAGAAAGGCUCUGCCACCAACGACUUUGGCGAUAUCCGAGAGGUUCUCAAGUGCCAAUACGUUGCAAAUGUCACGCCGAAGUCGAACGGAAGUGGAGCUGUGGUCGGAGCAGGAGCACAAGAUCAACAACUAUUUCAGCUAAUACACAUGACCAAGAAUGGUGCAUGGAGCUUUGAUGCGGAGACGGUCGUCGGCCUUCCAGGGGCUCAUGGCGAGGAGCUGGUUCGGAGCUUCUGCUUUUCUGACCACGAACAGCUGGUAUUUACUGCUGGAGAAGACGGUCAAAUCAAGUCCUGGCGGCCAAAUUGA